AUGGCUUCCACUUGCACGUACCAGUUCGAUACUACCAUUUACAAGGGUGCCGUUACAUUCCCUACUCAACUAUUCAUCAAUGGUGAAUUUGUCGACCCCGUCAAUAAGGGGACGAUCGAUUUGAUUAAUCCGGCUACUUGCAAGGCUAUUGCCCGAGUUUCACUCGGAGACCAUGAAGACAUUGAGAUUGCAGCACAAGCAGCAAGAGCAGCAUUCAAGGAACACUGGGGUUUAAAGGUGUCCGGGGAAGCUAGAAGCAAACUGCUUCACAAGCUCGCUGAUCUUGUCGAUGCCAACACUGACCAAAUUGCUGCUCUCGAGGCCCUUAACGUCGGCAAGACCUUCCACGCGGCCAAGGCAAUGGAUUUGCCAAUUACAGGUUCUCUUCUACGCUACUACGCCGGUUGGGCUGACAAAUUACAGGGGAAGAGUAUUCAGACAACCCCUGACAAGAUUGGUUUUACUCGUCACGAGCCUAUUGGGGUAGUCGGCGCAAUCGUUCCGUGGAACUUUCCCUUGAGCACGCUUAUCAUGAAACUAGCCCCCGCACUCGCUUGCGGAAAUACCAUCGUAGCGAAGCCUUCUGAGUUCACACCUCUCUCCGCACUCUACUUAUGCACAUUGAUACGAGAAGCCGGUUUCCCACCCGGAGUAGUCAACAUCGUGCCCGGCUACGGUGACACCGCGGGUCAAGCGGUUGGUGAAAGCAUGAUAAUCGACAAGGUCGCAUUUACUGGGAGUACUCUCACGGGUCGAAAGAUCAUGGAAGCAGCUGCAAGAAGCAACCUGAAGAAAAUCAGCCUCGAGCUGGGUGGAAAAAGUCCGAGUAUCAUUUUUAAUGAUGCGGACGUUGAUCAGGCUGUCAAGUGGGCUAUAAAUGGCAUUUUCAUGAACCAAGGCGAGCUCUGUGUUGCAGGGUCCCGGAUUUACGUGCAAGAAGGCAUUUAUGAUGACUUUCUGCAAAAGUUCACAGAGAGUGCUCAGUGUCUUUCUGUGGGCGAUCCAUUUUCCCCGGACACGUUUCAGGGGCCUCAGAUAUCUGAGAGACAAUUCAAACGUGUCAUGGAUUACAUCAAAUCCGGCCAAGCAGAGGGUGCAACUCUUCGCCUUGGUGGCGAACGGUAUGGCACAGAAGGUUAUUUCAUACAACCUACGAUCUUCACGGACUGCACACCCAACAUGAAGAUUGUGCAAGAAGAAAUAUUUGGUCCAGUAGCCGCAAUUAUGAAAUUCUCCGCAGAAGAAGGUGCGCUGAUAUUUCAUGUUCCCGUUGGUAACUCAUUUUACGGCGUCAAAGAGGUGAUUGAACAAGCGAACAAUACCACAUAUGGACUCGCGUGUUCGGUUUAUACGAAGGACAUUGAUAGAGCAAUGCGUGUGGCAAGCAACAUCGAGGCAGGCACCGCGUGGGUGAACUUCAGUAAUUGGCCGGACCUUGGAUUGCCAGUUGGUGGGUUCAAGCAAUCUGGUAUGGGCAGAGACCUAGGCGAAGAUGCUCUUGAGAAUUACACUAAUGUCAAGGCGGUGCACAUUAACAUUGGGAUUAAGAUCUAA